AUGAGAGAGAGAGCUGAGAAGAAGCGACGGAGGUGCGCAGUUUCGUUUCGGAGACGAACACUGUUUGCCGACCACAACCGUACUUUAAUGCCUUUCGAUUUCUCGGAAGCAACCGUCACGUCUCCGGUACCUGAUGAAGACGUGACGGUUGCUUCCGAGAAGGACGAGCUCACGCUUGGAGAAAUCAUCAACAUCAAGUUGGUGGAGAGUGGAGAGAAAGAUAAUCUGAUGGAGCUUGUGAGAGAUAGAUUGGUGGAGUCUGGUCGGAAAGAUGGGAUGAGGGUUGCUUGCAGGGAGCAUGUAAAGAAGAAAGGGAGAAAAGAUGUCGCAGUCGAUGAACUAAUCCGAGUUAUCACUCCCAAAAGCAGAGCUUCAGUACCAGAUGCUGUGAAGCAAGAGCUGCUGAACAGAAUUCAAAACUUCAUUGGAUCAGCUGCUCCUUGAUGGUUUUGUCUCUAUGGUGCGGUGGUUUCUAGUUUCUUCUUGUAGCCAACACUUAACCGGAGAAGAAUUAUAGAUUUUACCAAUUUAUCAUCUUUGCUGUUGUAGAAUUAGUUCUUUCCUAUUUCAACUCCUUUUUGAGCCAAAUGAAACAAUGCCAUCCUUAAAGAUACCAUUUAUGAUGAUUUAGGAGUACCAUAUGAGAUCAGAUCUGCUAGAUCCUUGGUUUGGAUAAGCAUCUGGUUUGGAUAAGCAUCUGGUUUAGAUAAGCAUAAGAUGAUGGCUUUAUGCUUAAAAGUUAAACUUGCUAUUUAAAACAUUUGUUUUUCCCUUGCACAAAGCAAACACAAACAGUAGCUCAUACCAUUGGUUUGGCUCUGUUAUUUAGUCUCACUUUCUCUCUACAUAAAUUGUUUGUUUCAAAUCUCUCACAAAGCACAGACACUCACACAUUAGACACAACAAGAACAAGGGUAGUCGCUUAUUCGGCAGAGCUUCUUCACCCUUUUGCUUGCCUCAAGACGCACACAACUCCUCACUUCUUAGUAAACCAUACAUU